UUUGAGAACGGCCGCUUGAGUCACUUUGUGGAUGGAAGAGGUGCUCCAGGGAGCUGGAUGUCUCUGGUGAAGUGCGCGCGCUUUCCCGAGGAGCAGAACCUGAUUGCGGUCCAGUGUGAAGGACAGAUAUACUACGAGGCCUGCAAAGAGACCCGAGCCGGCCAAGAACUGUUGGUCUGGUAUGGAGACUGCUAUGUGCAGUUUUUGGGUAUUCCUCUCACCCUCAAAGAGUUUAUUGAUGACACUGAACUGCUACCAACUGAAGACUCUGGAGAGGGUUUCAAGUGUGAUCGCUGUGGUAAAGUGUUUGCUUACAAGUACUACAGAGACAAACACCUGAAAUACACGCGCUGCGUGGAUCAGGGCGACAGGAAGUUCCCCUGCCACCUCUGCAAUAGGUCUUUCGAGAAGAGAGACCGGCUCCGCAUCCACAUUCUCCAUGUGCAUGAAAAACACAGACCACAUAAGUGCUCCGUGUGCGGCAAAAGUUUCUCGCAGUCCUCCAGUCUAAACAAACACAUGCGCGUGCACUCGGGAGAGCGGCCUUACAAAUGUGUUUACUGUAACAAGGCGUUCACGGCCUCCAGCAUCCUCCGCACGCACAUCCGCCAGCACUCCGGCGAGCGG